GACGGUCACACUGAUUUUCAUUUGUCGUGACGAGUACCUCGGAAUAUCGAAAAGAAAAAAACAUAAGCAGACAGGAGAAGCAGAGCAUACCGUUUAAUAAUGAAUUCAUAAGAACGUUCGACGCGCGCCGAACAUAGUCUGCGUGUAUGAAUCGUGCGUGCGGCCCAUCGACUCGAGGACGAUAUUUUUUUGAGGUUUGCGAGCUUUAAAUGCGUUGUGUCCCUUUUUUGCUGUACCGAAUCGUUAAAAGUGCGUGGAAAAGUGUACGAAACGAAACCAAUACACGGAAAGUGGGACAACGGCAACCGAGAGCGCUCGUUGCGCUUGUUACUGUGUUGGUGUAUCUGCGUGUGUGUGGGUCCGCUUCUGCCUCUGUGUGUGUGCUCUGAACGUGUGUGUGCGUCUGUGUGUGGUUGUGGCGCUGGCAGUGUGUGCGUGCGUGCCUACUGCGGUCGAGAGUGGCUUCGAAAGAAAAAAAUGUGUUUUAUCUCUCGCCCAAGACACAACAGCAGUCAAAGUGCAUCCUAAGCAACAGCAUCGGGAAUAUAGAAAUAUGAGCAUGCCAAUGCCACCAGCAAACAACUCGAAUCGCGAAUUGUGCACGCAAAUCAAAAGCCUAAGCAAUAUCAAAAGCAAAAGCAGGCGCUCUUUUACUCCAUCUUCUUUUGUCUGACUCUGAGCGACGACUUUGCCGCAUGGCUGGCGGCCACUGGACAAUCGAAACUAGCAAUGAAUGAUUUACGUCAGCAGCAGAUGGUAGCAGCGACAUCGUCAUCAGGAUCGGAAACGGGAAUAGCGGUAGAAACGUCAGCCGCCACGUCCACAGCGGGAUCAUCGGGAGGAGCAGCAGCCGGUCGCCACCAGUCGAACUCCAAUUCGAAUUCCUCAAACUCAAAGUCAGUGGCAGCGAGCAGCACGAGCGAGGAGGAGCAGCGGGUUAGCUCCACAUCGUCGCCAGCGCAGCGAGAUCAGCAACAGUUGAAUGCGGAUCGGGAUCGGGAUAGGAAUCGGGAGCGGGAUCGGGAUCAGGAGCGGGAGCCACAGCAGCAGCAGCAGCAUCACCAUCGCCAUCAUCGUGAGGAGGCACUGCAGCACCAGCACAAUCAGCCCGGUCAUAUAACCAGCACCACAGCGUCGCCACCGCCGACGCAACCACAACCGCCGACGCCGUGCGACGAUGCCCCAAGCACCACCGGAGCAUCUGCAUCGGCCAGCUCAGCAUCCGGAGAAGCAGCAGAAGGAGCAGCAGCAGCAGCUUCAGGACCACCAGCACAGAUGGCUGCCACGGCACUGGAGGUAGAGGGCGAGGAGCGGGACGGUCACAAGAUCAUUCUGAAGCUGUCCAAGCACACCAUCGCCGCCAACACAAACUCAAACUCAAACCCAAAUGAAUCUCAGACGGCGGCGGUGGGCGACGAGAGGCGCGUGGAGCCGCUGCGCAUUCAGCUGGCCGAAGGUGCCUUGGUGGCCAAGCCGCAGGACGCCUUCGAUGCGGACGCCUCAUCCUGCUCGUCGUCAUGCGCUGAGGACGAGGUGGCCAGCACACUGGGUCAGCACCUGCGGAACACACCGCACAUCGUGCCAAAGCUGACCAUCCGGGCGGCCAACGAGCGGCGCGUGGGCAGUGUGGUGCCCAAGCUGACGAUCAAGCUGCCCGAGAAUCCAGCUGCCUCCGGCUCAAACUCAAGCUCCUCGUCGGCGGCCGUGGGUGUUGGGGGCGUUGCCCAGUCAGCGAUGCCAGCCAAGAACGAUGCCCACCUGUCCAGCCUUUCGCCCGCCUCCGCCUCAUCGUCGUCCGCCUCGUCCUCCUCCUCGUCGUCGUCCUCCUCCUCGCUGGCGGAGAUGCAGACGGUGCCCAAGCUGAUGAUCAAGACAACGCUGGCCGGCAGCAGCUGCAUCAGCAGCAGCGAGGAGCACUCGCACUCGCACCAGCAGCAGCAAAUACCAAAGUUAACCAUCAAGACGGGCGGCGGUGGCGGUGGCCAGGAGCACAUGCAUACGGUGAUCAUGACGCACGACCUGAACAACGCGCAGAGCAUACCCAAGCUGACGAUCAAGACCAAGUCCAUCGAUUUGCUGGAUGAUGAAACAGCGGGGGGCAAGCUGGAGCAGCAGCAGCUGCAGCCGCUGCCCAAGCUGACCAUUAAGAACCUAUGCUCGCCGAAGCACAAGGUGCGCGCGGUGCUCGAGGAGAAGCUGCCGACGGCGGCCUCCAAGCUGGCAGUGGCGAAGCCAACAGUCGUCCUCCCACCAACCAAUUCCACGCCCGCACCGAUGACGAAUGGCGGCGAGUCGAACAGCAGCAGUCAGGAGUUCUGCGGCUUCUCCGAUCCGGAUGCAGAUGCGGCGGCCACUGCCUCCGACGAGGGGCGUCGCAACUCUGACGACAUGGUCAUCGAUGAUUCGCUGUCCAAGGAGCACGACCCGAAGAUCUUUCACAAUCUACCGCCACUGGCCGCCAGCAAUGGCAUCACGAGCGCUGCGACUAAGGCUAACAAGGCCGCGGCUCAAGCGCAGCACAACGUUGUUGACAUGGUGGAUCUGACCUCGUCCCCGUCGCCGGGCUCUUCGCCAGCGCAUGGAGCCCUCGACUUUAUGCAGCAGAACCCCCUGUUCCUCGAGUGCCUGCGGAUGAGCGAGACCGGAGUGGGCAGCAGUGGACCAGCCUCGCCCAAUUCGAACAUCCUGCUCAGCCAACUGACCGCGCCGGCCAAGAGUUUUGCCACGGGCACAACGCCCAAGAGCAAGUCGAGCAAGUAUCCCCAGCUAACGGAGCGCCUGAUGGCGAAUGGUGGUGGUGGUGGUGUUGGCAUGAGCAGUGCCAGUGGUGGGUCAGUUGUGGCGCCGGAAGGCGAAUCAAUUGCUGGUCCCUUGGCCACCGCAAAUAACACGCAGUCCAUCAUCGAAUCCAUCGAGAUUCUGGACACGCCCGAUGGCAGUCCAAGGGUCACCUACAUGGACGAGGACCACCAUCACGCCCCGUUGCUGAACAACCAUCACGGGGCUAAUCACAAGGAGGAUCAGGAGCUGGACAACAACAACGAGAACCACUUGAAGCGCACCAGCAGCCAGGGCAACGAAUCUCCCAGCAGUGGGAUACCUCCCAGCAAGCAGCGACGUCUGGACAACGAUGAGAACGACCAGCAGACGCAGAAUUGUCACGAUCCCGCCAGAAAGUGCAACACCAGUCCCGGCAGCGAAUCGUUGCAGUCGCUGCCACCUUCACAUCGAUCGCGAAAGCAGAAGCACGAGCGGAUUCUCAACACGGAACUGGAGGAUGCCCUGUUUCCGGGAAGCCAGCACCAAGCGAUGAUACCAACGCCCGACCAGAAUGGAGCCCUGUCCGCGGCGGAGGCUGAAGUGGCGGCGGAGGCUAAGGCACAGCAGGAUCCUCUGGAACAGCCGCCGCCCGCUCAACUGCCGUCCACUGCCACGUCAGCGGCGCCGAGCACGGGCAAGAAACGGGGCAGGCCCAAAAGGAUCCAGCCGAACCAGAGCACAACCGAUCCUGGAGCUGUAACCCCCAAGCCAGCCACGCCGCAGGAAUCGCGACGCGUGCAGCUGCUGCGCAAGCGACUGGCCAUCGAUAUGGUUAGCGUGGGACCGGAGCAGGCGGACAUGACGCCGAAGAAUGCUGCGGCUGUGGGUGAACCAAAUGCCAGGGUCGAAGAAGAACUAACCGGCGCGGGGGUGGAAACGCCUAAGGGUCGCGAUCACCGCCAGUUGAGGACAACGCGGCGCUCGACUAUCCACAAUCCCAGCGCGAAUGCGAAUGCCACCACGAACCUGCAGCCCACGCCGAAGACCACGCGGAAGCGUCAGAGCAAGGCGAAUGCCAUGCAUAGCCAGCAGCAGCUGCCGAUCGCUCCGUUCGGUAUUCCCUUGGAGGCGGAGUCCAAUAAUAACAAUAACAACAACAAUAACAGCAGCUUGUCCUUUGCUCUGACCGCGCAAAUCGACCUGACCAUGUGCUCGUCCAGCUCAUCGACUUCCUCGGGCGCUGCCGCCAACCAGCAGUUGGUCAGCGGGAGUGGCAGCAGUUCGAUGUUGCCGCCCGCGACGAUCCUUUCAUCGUCGGAUCCGCUGCCCGAUGUCAUCUUCCAGCCGAACGACUUCUCCUCGAUCAUGGCCACCCAGCAGCUGCGCUCGCCGCGACCCUCGAGCAUUAGCGGUGGCAGUGCCGGCGGCAGUCAGCCGGAUUCGCACGAUGAGGACAACUAUAAUAGUGCGCUGGAUAAUUCAGGCGAUGAAUCUGCCGCUGCGUCACCCAUGCUCUCGAUGGUGACGCCCACGCGAGGACGCGGUCGUGGACGGGGAUCCCGCGGAGGUCGCAGCAGAGGCUCUUCUUCGGCAGAUCGGUCUGGAAGCGCCGGAGGCAUUUCCUCCACCACGCCCAACGCACAGCCUCGGGCGCCUCGGAUGAGCCGUGGAGCGAGUGCGGUGGCCAAGGCCAUCGCCAUGAGUCGACCGCGAUGUGUGGGCGGCCUGAAGCACACGCCCGAUCCCGAGAGACUUAAAGGCCUGUUUAGUCCGUCGCCGCAAGUGUUUGAGGAGGACACCCGUAUGAGUGCGGAUCUGAGCAACAGCAUUCAGUCAAUGUCCAGCCUAAUGGAACCCCCGCUAACGCCGCAAAAGCAACCUGACUUCCUCAACAACGAGGAGUCCCAGUCGUCCAUGGUGAGCAAUGUGAGCAUGCUCGACUCGAAUCAGGGUCAGUCCGUUGACGCUAUUUUGGGCUCUGCGCUAAAACGUCCAAAGAAAAAGAAAAUGGAAAUCUGCGUGGCCGAAGACACGGACUACACCGCCUCCAGCAUUGCAGAAUACGAUUGGCCUCCGCCCAAAGGCUGUUGUCCCUCAAAGAACCGCGACACAUUCAUGAUCCAGGAGCAGGUGGCCCUCUAUCUGGGGAUCACCAGCUUUAAGCGCAAAUACCCCGAUCUGCCACGCCGGGCUGUCGACAUGGAGGAGCGCAAUUGGCUGCAGGAGAAGGGUUUGGUCAGCGAAAGGAUGUGCGACCUGGGCAUCACGGCUGUCUGGGCCUCCGACAUUCUGGACAUCAUGUACGCAGAUUUCUACGACAAGUAUGAGGAGUACAAGGAGUACAUUCGUCAGAAGCACUUGCGAGAGAUCGAGGCCAAGCAGAAGGCGCUGGGAUUAACAGUCGGUGCCGGAAAAGGUCUACAAGCGCGAGAUCGUGCCAUGCUUUCGACUAGCAAAUGGAAUGUCUACUUCAACAAGACCCGCAAGGACGAACGCCUGGUUUGCCUGGAUCUGCAGACGUUCACCAUGAACCAGCCGCAGCAAAGGACCGCGCCCAGCUGCACCCGUCUCCAGCGCUCCAUUGCGAGUGUGGUGCGGGCAGCGGCCGAGGCGGAAAAUAUUCCAGUCCCGCCCACUCUUGUGCCGCCCCGCGUCUACGACGAGGCAUUCCAGCACUCGGACUACGCCUAUCCAGUCACAGUAGUGCCGGAUCAGUUCUCGCUGCUCUACCGCCAGUUCGAGGCCGCCGAACUGAGAGCUUAUCCAAUCGAUACUGCGCUGGACAAACCGCGGACUGAGCUGGAAACGCAUAUCCUUCAGCGUGACAACGGCAUCGAGGCCACUGGCAGUGAGGAAACAGCAACUAAAGAUUUGGAGCAAGAUCAGCCUGCGCUAAAAGGCGAAACGGUUGCGGGGGCGGCGCCCGCGCGACGCAGCAGACGAUCGACGCGCCAGCAGACGGACAAGGUGCGCACGGCCAGCAAUUCGAGUGACUCCUCCACCCAGUCGGCCUCAUCCGCGUCCAGCGGCAACGGCAGCAGCAGUGAUACGGAUAGCGGUGAUGAAAGCGACUUUAGCAGCAGUUCGAGCUGCUGCAGUUCAACGGGUGCCUCGAGUGGAGCUGGCAGCGAGGACGAGGAAGGAAACGACUCUUCGCAGUCGGCCCUGCUGUCCAAUUGUGGUGUCUGUCUGCGCAGCCAGCAUCGCAAUGCUAGAGACAUGCCGGAGGCCUUUAUCCGCUGCUAUAGUUGCCGAAGACGCGUCCAUCCGAGCUGCAUUGAGAUGCCUCAGCGAAUGGUGAGCCGCGUUCGGAACUACAACUGGCAGUGCGCAGGCUGCAAGUGCUGCAUCAAGUGCCGGAGCAGUCAGCGGCCGGGAAAGAUGCUGUAUUGCGAGCAGUGCGACCGAGGCUAUCACAUCUACUGCCUGGGCCUCAGGACGGUGCCAGACGGACGUUGGAGUUGUGAACGCUGUUGCGUGUGCAUGCGAUGCGGAGCCACUCGACCCGAGGGACUGCCCCAAAUGGCCGCCCUGUCAGGAGGUCCCUCACCCAACGGAGAACGCUCGAAGACGUCGCCUCGGAGCAAACGGCUGAAAUGGGUGCACGAGUACCGCCUCGACCAUUUGACGAAGCUGCGCGAGCAUGCCGCCAUGUUCUGUGUGCCCUGUGCCCGUACGAAGCCUGCCAAGCGGCAACCUUCGGCGUCGGUCGCCGCGGCUGCCACCGUUGUUCCCCCAGCCGCGGAGGCCCUCAUGUCCACCAGCACAGAUGACAGCCCGGUACCGAGCCCAAGCCUGACGACCAACGGAGGACUUGCGCUCUCGCCGGCGGCGUCGCCCAGUCCAAAGGCAACUAUGGCAUCCGUAUCAUCACUGCCAACCGCUCCGGAGGCAACGGUGGACACCACAACUAGCAGUAAUGCUACAAGCACGACGACAGCGAAUAGGCGGCAGGCGGGGAACAGUGCGGUCAAUAUCACGACGAUGCACUGUAGCAGUAGCGGUAGCUACAGCGGGAACGGGGUCUCCGAAGAGGCGACGGCGGUAGCAGCUGGAACAUCAACGGCGGCAGCGGCAGCAGCAGCAUCAGCAGUGGCAACAGGCGGAGCACCGAGUGCCACUCAAAUUGGCAUAGCUCCGCCGCCGGUUGUUGCCUGAGUGGGGGUCAUACGUUAUUGUGCCAAGCGCACUCUAACGGACUUAUAGUAAGCGCCGGACGCGCCGCUCUCCCCCAGAAGCAACAAAUAACCAACCGAAACCAGCCGCCAUCCCAAAAAGAAAACAAAACAAUACCACACACAGAUGCAUAGUAUUAACAAAUGCGACAAGAAGGGAAAACCGAAAUGGAGAAACUAUUUAAGGAACUAUUUUUUUUUUUUUAUCUAUAGUUAUCCUUUAUUGUCAGUACAUCGUAUUGCUAUUGUUUUAUAUAUAUAUAUAUGAAUAUUCCUAUUAUAGUUAUGUUACUUAACUUUGCUAAUGUUAACAACCACAAGAAGAAGGAGCCCAACCACAUAAACAACAAAAACAAAAACACAUGACAACCAGCACACCCAAAACUCCAAGUAGACAACCCACGUUAUGCUUAAGUCCUCUUUAAAUCCUAAGUUUAAAAUGCCUAGCACUAAGUCACAGUUUCAUAAUGUUUCUAGAGAAUUCAUUUGACGCAUUUUAGUUAAAUUGUGCGCACGCGCCUACCUACGCCAA